AUUCCGGCUUAUAUAAGAACGCACCGGUCGGGAAGACCAGUUUCCAAAUUUCGUGAUGAAACGUUUCAUUUUAUUCUUGUGCUUCGCAUUUUGCGAAAACGCAAAAUUACCACCAAAUUUUCAAAAAUGUAACCGAAACCAGGCCGAUUUGAAAGAAUGUGUGCUAAAAGCGGCCCAAAACGGCAUCUCCCAAUUAACACGAGCUUACGAUAAAAUUAAUAUUCCAAAUUUGGAGCCGUUUGAAGUCCCGGAAGUGAUUGUAGGGCAAGGGUCCGGAACCGUGGCCGUGGACCAAAAUUUCAAAAAUUGCAAGUUUUCCGGCUUUUAUAAAAUGAAACUGGAGCAGUUCGAAUUUGAUUUUGACAAGAAAAUUUUGCACAUACUCGGGACAUUUCCAGAUAUUACGAAAAAAUGCGACUAUGAAUUGGAUGGGAAAGUGCUUCUUUUGCCAAUCAAAGGCACAGGGAAAAGUACAGUUGUUUUAGAAAAUUUGGUCGCCGAUGUUGUUUUCCCCUUUGAAGAAUAUUAGAAGAACAGUAAAACUUUUAUUAAGAUCAAGUCGACUGAGCUCACGAUUAAUCCCCAACGUGUUACAUUUAAUUUCGAGAAUUUGUUCAAUGGUGAUAAGAGAUUGGGUGAUAAUAUUAACCACGUGCUAAACGAUAAUUGGAAGGAAGUGUUUGAUGAUGUCAAGGAUGGUUAUAUUGAAAUUGUGAGGCAAAUUCUCACCACUUUAUUCACGAAUU